AUGAAGGACGUCGAGCCGAACGACGACGGGGACGAGGACGAGGACGUGGAGGUGGAUCCGUUUUUCUUCGACGAUGGGUACGACGUCGCGGCGUCGACUGGGUUCGCGAGGGUGUGGGAGGGCGCGGAGGCGCUGACGGCGCACCUGGAGCGAACGGGACUCGGGAGGGGCGAGCGCGUCUUGGAGCUGGGCGCGGGCGUGGGGGAAUGCGGACUCGCGUGCGCGGCGCUCGGUGCGCACGUUCUUUUGACGGACGUGCGCGCGGUGUGCGAGAACGUGAUACGAAGGAAUAUCGAACAGAAUGGAGCGGGACCGGCGACGGAGCUUCUCGGCGCGUGGCCGAACGCGACGAGGAUUGGAUCGGGAAGCGCGUCGCGCGCGACGCUAAAUUGGAUGGAUGAAAUUCCGAGUGAUCCGUUUCAAAAUUCGGCGCUCACGUUUCGAGACGCCGAUAUUUUGAUCGCGGCUGAGUGCGUGUGGUUGCGAGAGCUUUUGCUUCCAUUCGUGACGACGUCCUCGACGUUGCUCCGCAGCGGCGUCCGCGAACUCAUCCUAAGCGUGCGCGACCGUAGCUCGACCGAAGAUGCGUCGAGCGGUAAGGCUUUCCCGCACACGAAUGAAGUCGUGCGAGAGUUUGAGAGCACCGGUUGCUCGGUGGAGGCGCUCCAUCGGCAACGCAGCGAAGACGAAGGCAAAGAAAUUGUCAUCUUUCGCAUAACGUCGGCAGCGGCGGCGCCGGGCGCGUGA